UGGCCCGCCUUCAAGAAGUUCAUCCUUCCCUGCCUUCGUCCUCGGGAUGAUCGCAAGUUCACAUUUUGCGUCACCGUUAGAUUUACCAUCCUAUUAGGAGGACGUUUCAUAAACCUGGCAAUACCCCGACAACUAGGCAUUAUUACGGACAGAAUUGUCCCUCAGUCAGGUAUUAUGCCGUGGAAAGACAUUGCUACGCUAGCUGGCUACUAUUUACUUGAUGGCGUAUUGGAUUGGGUUGAUUCCUGCGCGAGCGCUUAUAUGCAAUCCUCCGCUUAUUUUCGGAUCUCGUCGGUAGCCUUCUCACACGUCAUGAGACUAUCCACGGACUUUCAUACCCGCGAAAAUUCAGCCAAUAUCAACAAAUCGAUCGAACAAGCCCAAUCGCUCGCUACUAUAGUCGACGAGAUUCUCUUCGGCCUUGUUCCAACGCUUUUGGACAUUGCCGUUGCACUUGUGUAUUUCGUGCCCAGGUUUGGUGCGUACAUGGCUUUGCUA